CUAAGCGGGUCCAUAAUGUAUGUCCAACCCUAAAUUUAAGAUCUUUAUGUAAAGAACAUUGUGGAUAUGCAAUAAAGAAUAUGAAUAUGAAUACUAAGCUGUGCUAGUAGAACAAAAUCCUAAUGAAAACACUGAACAUAAAUGUUGUAGAUAUUUUUAAGGCCCAACGCAAAAAGAGGGGUGUUAUAAGUUUAAUGUGUCUAUUUGUCGGUGGCAUCAUAGCUCCCCAACGGAUUGAACAAUUUCAAUUUAGUUUGUUUUGUUCACUUCGUCGAGUCAUUGAGCGAUUGAAAAGUUGUUGGGGAUGAAAGUAGCUAUGUACCGUCGGGAGAUUUUUCAAUUUCAAUUUUAUGUUGUUGGUAGAUUAUAAUUAGAUAUUUUUACACCGUCUUCCGUUGCUGCCUGUAGUACUACAAAAUAGUUCAUGGUCCAUACGGAACAACGAGGAAAAUAUAUAUAAGUUAAAAAUUAACUGUAAACCGAAAGAAAGGAGCAUUAUCUCUGAAGAGCCAGAGCGGGUCAAGUUUGCAAAUCAACUUUAUACUUCGUCCUUAAACUUAAUAUGCGAACGGGUCUUGUAAGGGACCAACGUCCUUAGAAGUCUCAAUAGGCACUACGUGCCGACACAAACAAACAUACGUACCAUGUACUUAUUUAAAGUGUGCAGUUAAGAGUUAUUUGUGAUAAUACCAGCCUAUUAAAGUACUACUGCUGGGCACAGGACUCUUCCCGUGUAGGGAUGGUUUGAGCAUUGAUCACCUUGCUCAUUGCAGUCAGGAGUAUUUAGAAUAAAAGUGUUAUUUUGCAUUUCGUUAUGACAAUAUAUAAUUACUUCAACCCAUGCCGACGGCACGGCAAUAGGAUUCCCACCGAUUCGAAAGCAUAUUUUAAAACACAAAAAUUAUAGCCUCUAGUGUUUUCGUCGUUUAUAUGUCGAAGUUACAUUUCCCCGUGUAUUAAUGAUCUUGAAUCGCACUAACAAGUCCAAUUCAAUUUAUUUGUUGACUUACACAUAGUUCCCGAAUUACAAACAAACUUCAUAAUAUUAAAUACAGAUGUGAUGUAACACUCGAGACCCUCAGAUUGUGUCAUUGAACUUUUGAAUUUGUCAAUACAAACGUGAAAUAGAAACAUUGACACCCUUGUCUAACUAACAAAACAAUGUAAACAGUCGGUUAGUUGAAUCAGAGUUCAGAAACAAUGGGAUCUAUAAAUAAGUCGUACAGGAAGCGGAUGUGAGCAGAGAUAGUGACGCGAGGACGACUCAGUGGAUUGAUUAUCGAGCCGUCUUCAGUGCCGGGUAAACGACUAAUUAAAUAUUAUGCAAACAAUACAAUCCUGUUGAACACACUUAUCACAAGAUUAUCCAAACAACAGUCCAGGUGGACUGACAAUAUUGCAUUCCAUUAUAAAUACCAUAAAAAUAAAAAUCUAAAAUGUCGAGAUAGCAUACCCUUUCGAGAAGUGACGUCAUUUUCAAUUGUCAGUACAAUACAUUAAACAGAUUCAGUACCGUUGAAAUGAAAUCAUUUAUUCUGCAAAUAGGAUAUUUCAUCACUUUUACAUGUCUUUUUAUGAGAACGCUGGAGCCGUUAGCUCUCUAGAACCCAAAGUAUGCGACGUGUAGCGGGUUCGAUUCCCGCAUAGGACAAACUCUUUGUGAUCCACUAAUCCUUUUUUUUUCUUUUUUUUUCCGCUGGGAAAAAAUGCUAUUACGCAUCCCCUUCCCGCCGGGGGGCGAGAGAGGGGUAUGUGGGACUCCCCGGUAAACGACGUUCCCGGUAUACCCACUAAAAAGACCCAGCGGCACUCCGACCUCGCCUUAGUGGAGGGGGCCUGGGAGUCCAUGUCGUCCAGUCCCCCACCGGCGACUGCCUGCCUUGCGGCAAGCCCCUCAAGCUCCCCCCCCAGAGGGGAGGGUGCUUUAUAAUGGCCGGAGCAUGAUCCACUAAUCCUUGCCCUAAGUUCGGGUGUCGUUGCGAAUUUGACUAAAUGUUUGUGAAACACCCUGCAAUGUCAGGGUUAAUCAAUAAAUUCCUCAUACAAAAAAAAACUAAUAAACAGGCUAAGAAAGAGAAAAUUAAACAUGCGUUAGCGCCGAUCCAAUUUAUAUUAUUGUAUGGGAAUGAAGAUUUUUUCCAACGAAUCACGUGACUUUGACUCUCCACUUCAAGGCCAAUUGUCUAGACUGGCUGACGUCAUGCGGCAAAUAGUUGCAUAUGGGAAACAAGAGGGAAUCAGACUCCGCACGGGAUGGUGCGCAGCCCGCAGCGAGCCCCCCCUCACGGCUAGCGAGAGAGAAGCCAUCGCAGCCGUCGUGCGGAGAGCCGAGAAGAUAGACGAGGUGGAGGCCAAGAGGGUCGGCAGACUCGUGGCCAGGCUCGAAGGCAUGCGUCGGUCAGCACAAGGCCCGGUCCCCCGGACCUGCCUGCUUUGCGGCGAGACGGCGCGCCUGCUGGCUCCCCUCAGGACCUGUUCCAUCUGCAGGCACACAGCAUGCUCCAAAUGUGUUAUAGAGAACCCUCCGCAUCGGUCUCCACUAUAUUCUCGGGAGGCAUACAUGUGCAAUCUGUGCGCGGAGACCCGGGAGAUGUGGAAGAAGUCCGGAGCCUGGUUCUUCAAGUCCUUACCGAAGUACAUCCUCCCAGAUCGGAGGACGACGGGCAGGUACAUAGACACCGAGCUCGCUAAGUCUUUGCAGGACGCAGGCAACAGCAGUAACGAGGGCAAGACGGACUCGGAGCCGGGCUCCCCGCUGAGCACGCACGCGCCCUCCUUCUCACGACAGCCCAGCAACACGGACAGCAGGAAGUCUAUUACAUCGCCACAUGACACUCACUACGAAUGGAGUGAAACAGACAUCCUAUCACACGGCUUCAGCGGGCUCAGCCUCCAUCGAGCAGACAGCCUCACCCAGCGCCCCUUAGCCGCCCUAAAGAGGACCGGCAGCAAAGGCAGUGCAUACAGUCUACGAAGCUUGAGAAAGGAGGUUCCAAAACCAACUACAACAGUGGAAAGACCCCCAACAAUCCCUGAUUCCGGAUUUGGGACUUUAGAAGUAAAGUUGGCGUAUGAAAAUGCGACUUCAUCUUUAGCUGUGACAGUGCUGAGAGCAAGAGGUCUGAUCGGGAUGGAUAUGACUGGAUUGUCCGAUCCUUUUUGCAGGCUCGAAGUACUGCCACGAGAAGGCUCUUACUCCAACAGACUGCGUACCAAAACGGUUCACAAGACGAAGAAUCCAGAGUUUAACGAAACCCUCCACUUCUUCGGCAUUACGGAGUCGGAUCUCGCGGUGAAGUCCUUGGAAAUAGUCCUAUUUGAUGACGACAGAUACGGCUGCGAUGAAAUGGGCUCUGCAACGGUGGCGUUACGCGAAUGUUCCAAAUCUCCAGCCCAACUGCGCUUAGCCCUGUCCGGGUCCAAUAGUACUGACCCCACAGGGCCCAGGAUAUUACUAGCCCUGUGCUACAGUACGAAAAGGAGGGCGCUCGUUGUAACUGUGUGCAGGGGAGCUGAUCUGCCGCCGCAAGACAGCAAUGGAUAUUCCGAUCCUUUUGUGAAAUUGCAUUUGGACCCAGACCCGUACCACAAGAAGCACAAAACCUCAAUCAAAUGGCGAAACCUAAACCCUGUUUGGAACGAAGAGUUUUUAUUCGAAACGCGCCCAACCGAGCUUUCCCGCCAGAAUUUGACAUUGACAGUUUGGGACAAGGACUAUGGUAAACCCAACGACUUUUUAGGCAGCCUCGUUUUAGGAGCGAGUUCCAAAGGAAGGAGGUUGAAACACUGGAUGGAUUGUAUCAAGUUUCCUGAUCACCGUCACGAAUCCUGGCACUCGUUAACCGAUACGCAACACCUUUAAUUAAUGAAAUAAUGUAAUAUACUACUUAAUUAGUUAAGGAGAUUUGCCUUUUUUUUAGUUUAUCAUCUCAAUGUGCUAAAAGUAUAUUUUAUUAUUUAAUUCGCUGGAGAGUGGGUUGUCAUUUAUAAGGAAUGAAAUGUCAAAACGAGAGCUUCGAAGUAGAAGGGUGCUUUAAAGUCUUGUUUACAAAAUAAAUUUUUAAAUAGAAAACUGUUAUUUAAUGCCAAAAAAAUGUCGUUAUGGAUAGUUUUAACAAUUUCUACUUCUGGUGUUCAGUAGGUACUGAUUAAGAGCUUCCUUUACCAUUGUAAAUUGCUGCAAAUAUAAAAAAAAAAACAAUAAUAUAAAAAAUACAAAAAUAUUUUAUGACAUCAUUUUGUCAGUUAGCUAUGACAAAGAAAGUUGUUAAAAUUCCGAGUAUACUUACAAAGUUAUAUUGUAUUAGGUAGUUAAAUUUUUCCUCUUUACUACAUAAACUUUCAAAGACCUAAGUGGGUACUAGACUACUAGCUUACUUAAAUAGACAAUAAAAAAUGUAUCCAAAUUUUCUUAAACAUAAUAAUUUAUUUAUUUAAAAAAUGUUGAAUUAAGACGAAAAGAAAAUGCACAAGAACAUUUAAAAUGAUAAUA